AUGUCUGAGGGCCCGUUAACCCCGUUCAGCGGGCCCAACAUGGCGAAUGGCAGCUCUCCAGACGACCAACUCCGCCUAGAGGCUGCUCGAAAACGACUAAAGAUUGAACGAACCACGAGCGAGAGCGAAUCCCCCCUCGAUGCCCAAAUCCGACGCAUGACCAAAGAACUAGAUGAAUUGAAGAAACAAAGACAAGUCGCCGAAUUGCAGGAACAAAUUUGGGCAGAGCAGCAGCUCUUGGAAGCUUCCCGCAACCGCUUGAGCGUCGCAGCUGCCUCGGCGUCUCCAACGAGCAGCAGCCCAGCUCCGGCUACGUUUACAGCCACGCCUAUGGCCCUUGUUCCCACCUCUCAAGCAGUGAGCCUGCCUCCUCAAACCCCGCGGCCGGUAACGAAGCCGCCAGUCGCGCACAAUAAUUCACCUGCAGCUGCCUCGCCGAACGUCAAUCGAACCUUUGUCGCGCCCCAGCCCGUUGUUGUUCAACAACCUCAGACCCCGAGGGCACCAGCCCAGUCUCCGAAUGUGAAACCUCAAAACUCGCCUCUCAAUUUCAAAUGGGAGGGGGGCAAUACACCGAAUCAGCUUCAGGCUUUCUCAAAUCCUUCAGCUAGCAAUGGUGUCGCCAAUUCCACACCUUCGCGGCGGCCAAGCACGGUUUCUACCUCGGUUCCCGUCGCCCCGAAGCAGCAGCAGCAGCAGCAGCAGCAGCAACAACAACAACAACAGCUAAAGGCGCAGCAACAGAAGGAACAGCAGCUAAAACAACAACAACUGAAGGAGCAGCUGCAAAGGGAACAGCAGCGGAAGCCGCAAGAGCAGAAGCAGCAGCAGGCACGCCCUUGGUUUGACCGUCCAUGUACCCCUGUUGCCCCUGCGGAUUCCACGCUUAACCAGCUGCCACCAUAUCAAGGACUGACCCGGGAAGAGUACGCGAACUUCAUUGCUGCUCUCGAAGCCCACUUUGCCAAGGCACCGCAAUACUACACCAAAGACCGAGAAUACCGAAAAGUUAAGCUUGGCAUACAACACCUUGCCUCUGCUCCGCGAGACAGUUGGCAUGCGCUCGCUGAUCACCCCGAUACCUGGCAGAAUUUCCGCAUUUUCUUGUUCAAAGUGGUGGUGCGGAAUCUAAAGCCUAUCGACCAAGCACGGCUCGCGAACACAACUCAACCCUCCACGCCGAACGUUGGGACGGCCCAGACCCCAGUUGCGAAGCAACCUCCGCCAGCUCAAAGCAGUAUGCCGAAAGUGCAACCCGCUCAACCCGCUCAACUAGCCCAGCAGUCCCCGCAAGCCCAACGUAAUGGUUCUGUGUCGCAUGGGGCGCCAGCAGCUACACCCAACCUCAAUGCCAAGAGCCCCGUCGCUACAUUCGUGCAUUGCCAGCAAAAUAUUAGGGAAACAGUUGAAACCUUCUCGGGUCGGCUGCGACAGACAUCGUCCUUCAAUACGGAACUCAGUCUCCAUGACCAGAUGAGCUUUCUGAAAAAGGGCGUUGUCUCGUCCAUUCGCAACCGGGCACAUCGUCCGUCUUCCUACUUCAAAUCUUAUGAUGAGUACGUUAUUUACCUUCAGAAUAUCGAGGACACCCUGCCGCAACGACAGGCCGAGCUCAAAGGAGAGCAGCUUCCGCAGAUGACUGGUUCUAGCUGGGUUCCCGCUGCCUGGGACCAAAACUCCAACCGCCAGACCACCCAGCAGCCACCCAGCGCCCCUAGGGGUCGUUCACCCACUCGUGCAGUGAAUGCCCAGAGCAACGUUUCCCCGCAGGCUUCCAAGUCACUCGCUGGCGCUGGAGACCGAUCGCAAGCUUCCCCUGGCUCCUUACCAUCCCGACCAGAGAAUGGCCCGGCGUCUCCAACGGCGCCAAAAUCAGUACCGCGCAGAAUGUCUUCGCCGACCCCACCAGAGCCAAAACUCAAACCUACCGAUGGUAGAGACUGGUGGGCAUGCCGGAAUUAUAUCGGCAAUCUGGAGGCACACUUUAAAGAUCACCCUCGAUACUUCAACACCGAGGAGCGAAAGGUAGCCAUUGGUCGGCGAUAUCUUUGCUCCAGUCUGAGGGGGAAAUGGAACGCCUUCGCCAGCAAGCGUCCCCAGAUGACAUGGUUUGACGUCUGCGUCUUCGUCAUCAACCAGUCUGCGCAAAGCUUCGCGCCCGAGGACGCAGCCACUCGGUAUAUCCGCUGCUCUCAAAAAUCUCACCAGAGGAUUCGUGACUUUGCCUUGUGGGUCCAGCAAUUUGCGCCGCAUUACCAGAGGCCCGGAUGGGACGAGCUCAGGCAUUUGUACGAUCGCACCUCGCCCACUAUUAGAAGGAGGGCGCGCAAGGAUUGGAAGGACUUUAACGCCUUGGCUCCCUUCGUGGCAUACCUCGAAGCGGUUGAGACCACUCACCCCGAUAUACCGAGGGACCACUUUUCGAACAAUGCGCCGCCGACCGUGCCACGAAAGCGAAGUCGGGAAGAUUGA